AUGCUGUUUUAUAGAAGAGGAAAGAUACAUAAAACGCACGCACUGCGCUCGCGGCUUUUCUUAGCCACGUCGCCGCUUCUGCUCUUAACGUGCGCCCCUCCGCCAAAUAGAGAGCGAAUUCUUGGCUGUGACGACGGCGAAUACGAUGCAGAGACGAAGUCCUCCGAAGCACAGGCACGAUGGGACUUCGCCGCUGCCUCUCGGAAUGGAUUGGAGCCCUGCGCCUCGAAAAUGGUCCUUGUUGUACAGAAUGGCCGAGAUACAGUGUGGCCACACAAUCAUCUUACUGGUUGGAGUUAUUGUGUCACGAUACCUUCUUGGAGCUUUGUUCCAAAAACAAGGAAUUCAGAUCCUGUAGUGGGACAGUUCUACAGGGUUCAAGUUGGUGUACAGUCACCGGAAGGGAUUACAAGGCUCCAUGGAGUACUAAGAAGAUUCAAUGAUUUUCUAAAGUUGUUUGCUGAUCUUAAUAAGGAGUUUCCCAGGAAAAGUAUCCCUCCAGCACCGCCCAAGGGACUCUUGCGGUUGAAAAGCAGAGCUUUGUUAGAAGAGAGAAGGAGCUCUUUGGAGGAGUGGAUCACCAAAUUGUUGUCUGACAUUGAUAUAUCAAGAUGUGCUGCAGUGGCAUCAUUUCUUGAACUAGAAGCAGCUGCCAGAUUUUCAUUCCAAGAUGCAACCCAGCAAAAUUCUGAAACAGUUCCUGAUUCCAAUAACACAGUUUGUUCUGUGCAAUCACCUCUCCAUUCAAGCUUAUCAUUAGUUGCUGGCAGUUCAUCAGUUGCCUCCGAUUAUGGUAGUGAUACUGCAUAUGAGCCAUCCGACCUAGGAACACCAAGAGUUGGACGGGAUGAUAAUUCUGAUGUUGGUACAGAUGACCUAACCUUAGAUGAAGAUAUUACAAAUCCAAUAGAAAAGCUUGUGAAAUAUGGCAUAUCAAAUAUUGACGAAGGUUUAUUUAUGGGUCAGACUAUUCUAGAGCAAUUGGAAGGCCUUCCUAGGCAUAAAGCAAAUGCCAGACAUGUGAACUAUGUUACACAAAAAGACAAAAGUAAUGGUAACUUGUAUGAUUCUUCACUUUUAGUUAAUCAUAAUACCAUGGAGCUUUUCUCUGAGCCUGGGCAUGCUAAGGUUGUUGGUCAUGUUCGUAAGCUUUCAAAUGAGAGUGUUGGAAGUGAUGGAAGCUCAUUACGAGGUAGUGACAUCUCUAAUUUUGGAAUUCCAAAUUCAUCUGGUGAUGGCUCUCACGACCUUCCUGGAUCUGCUUUGGUUUCAAGAGAAACAGAUAGUAUGGGCCACACAAAGUUGAAGUCUACUGGUGAUACUCAAUUAGUCUUUCCACUAGAUCAACGCAAUAAAUUGAACAGGAUUCUUUCAACCAUGCAACGAAGGCUAGGCACUGCAAAAACUGAUAUGGAGGACCUUAUUGUUAGAUUAAAUCAAGAAAUAACUGCAAAGGAUUUUCUUGCAACUAAGGUCAAGGAUUUGGAAGUAGAACUUGAAACUACUAAACAGAAAAAUAAGGAGAACUUGCAGCAGGCUAUUCUAAUUGAGAGGGAAAGAUUUACCCAAAUGCAGUGGGAUAUGGAGGAACUUAGACGAAAAUCAAUGGAAAUGGAGAUGAAACUAAAGUCAGAAUCGGGGCGGAAUUCUUAUCAGAAUUUGACGAAGGAAUCAAUUGUUCAACAGCAGAAUGAUGUACUGUUGCAGAAUUCAGAAGCUACUAAAGAGCAGCUUGAAAUUUUGUCGAAACAGUAUGGAGAGCUAGAAGCAAAAUCCAAAGCAGAUAUUAAAGUUCUGGUUAAAGAGGUCAAAUCUCUUCGUAAUUCCCAGACAAAGUUAAAGAAAGAGCUUAGUGAGACGAUAAAGGAAAACAGUGAAACUGAGAAACUACUACUUCACGAAGGAGAGAAGAGGGAGCAGGCAGAAGCUGCUCAGAGAAAACUGCUGGAGAAAUGCAGGUUUCUUUUCAACCAGCUUCAAGAGUGCAAUGUCAGCCUUCCUUAUGAAUGUGAAGAUAGGGCAAUCAUGAAUUCAUCGUCAUUAAAUGAUGCUUUUAAUCAAUUAACAACAUCUGAUGACCAAAUGGACAUCCUACUAGCAGAGGUAGAAAGCUUAGAAAAGGAAUAUGGAAGUGCGGCUUCCAAUGUAGAUAAAACCAAUGGCAUAAAAGAUGGUGUAAUUUGUGACGAUGAAGUGGGAAAGAUCAUAGCAGACUUGUUCAUAGAUAAUGUUAGAUUGAGAAAACAGACAAACCGCGUCACAAGGCACGCUCUGAAAUUUGACAUGACAGCAAGUGAUGAUACCCCUUCAAUGGAAACUGUAUCAAGUACUUAG